GGAGGAGAGGACUGCAGUGGUCCAGGCAGGAGAUGAAGUAGCUCUCAACGCUCAGAGCUCUCUGUGCACCCAGCCCAGCAGCUGCUUACUCCACCUCCUGGAGAAAGCUUCUCAGACCCCACCCAACCUCCACCCUCCCCUCUGCCCCAGCCCCUCACCCAGAUGGGGCUGUCUGCCGGGUCUGUGAACAGCUGGAAUCCCCCAUGUCACCCCCAACCAGGACCCAGACUGCAGGAGGCUUCCAGGAAAGCAUGGCAGAUGGAUCCAAGAGCCCCACCUUUCUGGGGGCUGCACACAAGCCACACGCGUGCUCUUUGCACGGAUCCCCACAGACAGGCACAGAUGCUCAUCUGGAUCUGGAGCAAGGGCCUGGAGGGCAGGAUGGGAGAUCUGGGGGGCAGGAGGCGCUCUAGAGCCUGAGAAUGCUGUGAGAGCUUUAUUCCGCAGGGUGUGUGGGCAACGGUGGCCACAGGAUAAUAACAACCUUAGCAAGACCUUGAGGUCUCCCUUGACCUGAGGCGUGGCCAGGGAGAGGAGAGGGAAGCGAGGCCAAGCCCUGGCAACUUCCCAAGGAGGUUCCUGGGCAGAGGCUGAGCCCCCAGGAUCCCUUAGGGAGCUGGCUCCAUCCUCCUGACCUUCUGGAGCUUCUGGCUGAGGCAGAAGGGAAGAGCAGGACAGGACGGAAGCAAGCUCUGGAAAGUGGGAAGAGGAGGGCGUGUGUGGAGACCCAAGGCGGGAUCCAAGCUUUGGAACGUUGGAGGUUUCCGGCCACAGAGGCAGGGCCUCCGGGGAGCCAAGAGAGGCGGGGAGAGACACACACAGAGGAGCAGAGACCAACGGACCGAGACAAGAGUUGGGAGGAGAGGGACCAGAGAGAAGCUGGGAGAGGCGUGAACCAGGGGGCUGGUGAUCAGCACACACUCCGGGUCCCCAGAAACAUCCUUCUCCUCCAAAACACACCCUUCUGCAGCCUUGGGUGCUCUGAGACCAGCCUGAUGCAGGCCGCCUGGCUCCUUGGCGCGCUGGUGGUACCCCAGCUCCUGGGCUUCAGUCAUGGGGCUCGGGGAGCUGAGAGGGAGUGGGAGGGGGGCUGGGGUGGCGCCCAGGAGGAGGAGCGGGAGAGGGAAGCCCUGAUGCUGAAGCAUUUACAGGAAGCGCUGGGGCUGCCUGCUAGGAGGGGAGAUCAAAAUCCCGAGGGAAACUCUGAAGGCAGGGGGGCCUGGGCGACCGAGGAGAACGGGCAGGGGGAGGAGGAAGGCGAGGAGGAACCCACACCGACCCCGGGCGUCAGCCCCAGCCCCUCUCCCACCCCGGAGGACGCCAUCACUUAUAUCCUGGGUCGCCUGGCCGGCCUAGACGCAGGCCUGCACCAGGUGCACGUUCGUCUGCACGCGCUGGACACCCGCGUGGCCGAGCUUACUCGGGGGCUGCGGCAGCUGAGGGAAGUGGCGGGCGACACCCGCGACGCCGUGCAAGCCCUGCAGGAGGCGCAGAGCCGCGCCGAGCGCGAGCAUGGCCGCUUAGAGGGCUGCCUGAAGGGGGCGCGUCUUGGCCACAAGUGCUUCCUGCUCUCGCGCGACUUCGAGGCUCAGGCGGCGGCGCAGGCGCGGUGCGUGGCGCGGGGCGGGAGCCUGGCUCAGCCCGCUGACAGUCGGCAGAUGGAGACGCUCACCCGCUACCUGCGCGCGGCGCUCGCACCGUACAACUGGCCCGUGUGGCUGGGCGUGCACGACCGGCGCGCCGAGGGCCUGUACCUCUUCGAGAACGGCCAGCGCGUAUCCUUCUUCGCCUGGCACCGCGCCCCCAGCCCUGAGCCCGGCGCCCGGCCCAGCGCCGCGCCGCACCCGCUCAGCCCCAACCAGCCCAACGGCGGCGUGCUGGAGAACUGCGUGGCUCAGGCCUCGGACGAUGGCUCCUGGUGGGACCACGACUGCGAUCGGCGCCUCUACUACGUCUGCGAGUUCCCCUAUUAGCGGGGCCGGCUCCCCGCCUCUCCACUCCGCCCCACCACCCGCCCUGUGCCUGGGCUAUGCUCCCAGCAAAGACACCGUUCCUUCCUUCCUCGCCCGCGGAUGGAAAUGUGCUUUCCCUGGCUGGCCGAUCCCUGGGGGACUCCUGCGGGGCCGGGACCCCUUCCUUGCCUGUCUUUCCCGGAGGUGGUGGGCACGAGGCUAGGUCCCGCGCCAAUAAAACGUUGUGGAAUCUCACUUGA